AUAAAGGUGAUGCAAAAUCUUGACAGAGCACAUGGGAAUACAAUGGAAAAAAGAGGAGGAGCCUUUUUUGCCGUAAUCAGCUCAUGUGUCAGUCGAUCGCGUUCACACUUUAACUGGCUUACCCGUCAAAACUAACCUUUGAAUUCAAUACUCUACUCUUUUCUCCUGCACCUUCCCCUUCCCCUUCCAUUUAUUAAUGCUUUUCUACCCUUUCUCCACACCCCAAUAUACCAUUUUUACCACUUCCACUCUCCUCUUCUCUUUUCUACUUCCACACCCCCAAAAUUCAUUUCCUUCACUUUCUCUCUCUACCACACCCAAACAUUAAAUGAAAGACAGAUUUUCAAGGUGAGUAAAACAGACUACUACUACUACUACUUCCAACACUCAUCAUCAUCAUCUAUCUUCAAUUCCUUCUUGGAUCAUUAUCCAAAUAUGGAGUUGUUAGAGUACGGUGAAGCUGAAAAGAGCAGCAGCUCAUUAGGGUUCAUGGAGCUGCUGAGUAUGCAAGACUUUGGCCCUUCUCUCUUUGAUCUCUUGCAAGGGACUCUUAUACCAUCUGUGCAACUGCAAGUGGAACCCUUGCCUCAGGACCAUUCACCUGAGCUGUUCCUCAAUCCACCAACCACACCCAAUUCUUCCUCUAUUUCUUCAGAAUCAACUGCUGGCCAGAAUGAUGAACAGACUAAAGAGAUAGUGGAUGGAGAAGAAGAGGAGGAGGAGGAGGAGGAGGAGGAAAAUCACAAGACUAAGAAACUGUUGAAACCCAAGAAAACAGCGAGUCAGAAGAGGCAGAGAGAGCCAAGAUUUGCUUUCAUGACAAAGAGCGAGGUUGAUCAUCUGGAAGAUGGCUACCGAUGGAGAAAGUAUGGCCAAAAAGCUGUCAAGAACAGCCCUUUUCCUAGGAGCUAUUAUAGGUGCACAAGUGCAUCAUGUAAUGUCAAAAAAAGGGUUGAGAGAUCUUGCAAUGAUCCUAGCAUUGUCGUCACAACAUAUGAAGGUCAACACACGCAUCCAACCCCAGUAAUGCCGCGGUCCCCUGCCGCUGUCCACGCGCUACCACCCUAUUCCGCCUUCUCGGCCCCAGAUGGUCCGUCUGCAGAAAUGGUUCUAUCUCAUCCUCAACAACAUUUCAAUUUCUCAGUUCUCUUGAACUGUGGUUACACUCAUGCAGGUCCCACCAACAACACUGUUAGUUCUGGUGGUGGUGGUGGACAAAGUUUGCGCUUUUGCUCUGAUCAGUCUUCUGCUUUGCUGACUGACCAUGGGCUUCUUCAAGAUGUUGUGCCAUGGUCGGCAACCAAAAAGGAAGAGUAGUAAACACUGAAGUUGAUUUUGUAUGAUAUGUCUUGCCUCUCAUUACUGACCUAUAGUAGGAAAAGUUUGUAGAUUAAUCUCUAGUAUGUAGUCUUCUUUAGUCAAGACAUGAGUAAUCUUCUAGUACAAAAGUUGCAAAACCCUAAUUGGUGAAGUAUUCACCAUUCGUUUCCAUUAUAUUAUACAAAUGAUAAUUAUGGUAGGGCGUUGUGCAAUGCGGUAUCUGAUUCUGAUGAUUGAUGGAUAGGCCAAGAAACCUGAGAUUUUCUUCUCUUAAUUCCAUAAUCUUGUACUUUUAACUUCCACAUCCGUGUCUUUCCUUUUAUGUAGAGGGGAAGCGCGUUUAGUCUUUUGGCUCUGAUGCUGAAUAUGGAAGGCUAGGGCUUCAGUUUCACCAAGAAGCUUUGUUCUAGUUGUCUGUGAACUGCAACGGUAGAAAACUCAUUCUUAAAGAAGUGGGAUCUCAGAAAUAUGAUGAGAAUUAUGAGGGGAAUAUAUAAGUAAAAUUGAACAUUACAAGUAGUGGACUUGGACCGAAAAGGUAUCAGAUGUCGAUAACCAAGCUACCAUUUUCAUCUUUUUCUUUUUCAUUUUUUGAUGAAAAGGAACACUACAAUGAAGAAAGAGAUGAUAGUAGAAGAAGACUUCAACAGCCAGUGCUGGAUGCCGCCUCCUAGACAGCGUCCUUAUCGUGCACACUCCUCGUGCUUGCCUAGUAGGA